AUGAUGCGCUACGUGCUGUGUAUCCUCGCUCUCCUGCUCUCAUGUGCGUGUGUGCACGUCCUCGCUGAAGAAGUGCCUGCCGCCGAUCUUUCCGACCAAGUCCCUGAUGCUGAAAAUGAUAGUGUUGUUAGUGGUGUUGAUGGUCCGGAGGGGAAAUUAAAGGCAGAAGGUGAUUCUAGCUGCCCUGAUGGUGUUACUACUGGUACUUCUGGUAAUUGUGCUUUUUCUGUUGUGCAACCUGAAGAUGGUGCUGCUUCGGACUGCCCUCCUGGUAAAACUCCUCGUACUUCUGAAAGUACUUGUCCUCCUGCUGUUGGUGCUGUUGCUGGUGGUGAUGAAGCUUGUUCUUCAGCGAACACUGGUUCCAACUGUGGAAGUAAAGAUACUGAAGCUGAAGCUCCGCCUACUGAGUGUACGGAAGAGUCUCAGAAAGAGAAUUGCCCUGCCAAUAGUGUUCAAACUAAAGGCAAUUGCACUGAUGAUUCUAAUACUUCUUGUUCAAAGACAGGAAAAGAACCAGCGCCAAUUACACCAAAGGAACCCGCUCCUCACGCUGAACACAGUAAUACUGAUGCAGCUGUUAGCCUCACUCCUGGUACAGGCAGUACUCUUUCAACCGGUUCUCCUAAGGACGAGCGUCAAGGUGAGAACCGUAAUCAAGGCAACGCCGAUGUUUCUGCUCCUUCUCCUGCUGCUCCUCCAGCCGGUGAGGCAACUGAUGGUCCGACUGCAGUUGAAGGUCAAGCUGAAAGCAGCAACAAUGCAGCAGUCGGAACUCCACAAAACAAGGAGAGUGCAGGACAACCGCCUUCUACUACCUCUUCUACCAAUACAGUCACGGAGAGUGUUAGUAGCUCUGACACUUCACCUGGGAAUGACAAUACAUCUGCAGGAACUGGGUCAACAAAUACCCAAGAAGGUGAUGUGGGUAAUACAGAUACACCAAGUACCACCACAACAACACUUCCUCCUGAACUCACAAAUAACAAGAAGGGUGAUGCAGACAGCAGCAGCAGUAUCAGCAGUUCUGUGUGGGUGCGUGUACCACUACUGAUUGUGAUGACACUGGCCUGUAUUCUUGUGUGCUGA